UCUAGUUUGCAAUGUGGUAUCGAAUAGACAAGUGGUAUCAUGGUGCUUUUCUUGGAAUUUGCAUAUCGUUAGAACGGAAAUCUUAACGUAAAUACAUGGAUGAGUCGUAUAUUCCGUUGCCUGAUUAGCUCAAUUUCGUAAUUGCCUUGAACCAAUUCAGUGUUUUUAAUGAUUAGUGAUAAUGAUUGAACUAUUGGUUGAAUUUACGUGAAAGACUCAAAUGAUGAUAAUGUCAAUUUUUACUGAUGAGAUCUUAGCAAAAUGAUAUUUAAAGUUUCAUCUAUAGUAUUUUCCAGUGAAAAAAUAUAUCAUAUAUUUGUGAAUACCAAAAGUAAUAGUUUUUUGUUGAUUAGUAAUGAUGAUGCAAGUAAUGAAGAAAGAGUGAUCUGUUGGCAGAACGAAACCUGUUCGCGUGGUAUAUAGAUGAAAUGGAUUCCGGUAGAAAACCAGAAAAGCCAAAUCCACGGAAGGGAGCAAAUCCAUUAUCUCAGCUAUUUUUCCUAUGGGUAUUUCCACUGUUCUGGAAAGGUACGAGGAAGGGUUUAAAUACCGACGAUCUCACACAAUGUCUGAAGAAAGAUGAAUCAGAAUCGCUUGGCGACGAGUUGGAAAGAGAGUGGGACAGAGAAGUGGAACGGGCUUCAAAACGCAAACGUAGGCCCCGUUUGCGGAAUGCAAUUUUUCGAAUGUUUGUGCCACAUUUUAUUGUUGAUGGGAUUGAAUGUCUUACAUUCAUAUUGAUAAGAUCCAUUCUACCAUUGGUGCUUGCUCAGUUACUUAUACAAUUCCAAAAACCAAUAGUCUCGGAAAAUUUGGUUCAAAAUAGUACAAAUAAUUCAAUCAAUGAUACUGUCUCGAAUCAAUUCAAUAGUACAAUAAUCGAACGAAAUAUUCGUAAUUUAAAUGAUGACAAUCAUUUUCAUAUAAUCCAUAAACGUUUUGUUGCGCCUGAACAUUCAGCGAAUGAUAUAGCCAAAAACUUAGACAAUAAUGAUCAAACGAAUCUGGUAGAUGAUGUAAAAAAUGAAUCGAUUAAAAACACUUUCCCGGUUGCCAAUUCGCAAAGUGAAAAACAUGAUGAAUUUCGACUCAAUUUCACGCGUGCCGAAUUUUACAUAUUUUUCAAUCACGUUUGGAAUGACGUAUAUUACCUAGCCAAUAUAGUCAUUUGGAUGGGAUUCGUCGGAUUAUUGCUAUCCCAUCAUUUCGAUUUGCGUUUGCAAAUGGUUGGUGCUAGGAUGCGGAUUGCAUGUUGUUCGUUAAUGUACCGAAAGAGUUUGCGUCUAUCCGCCCUAUCAGCAAGUCAAACUGGAAGUGGCUAUUUGGUGAACUUGAUGUCAAACGAUGUGAGUCGCUUGGACAGGGGAUUUCUGUUUUUCCACUACAUUUGGAUUUUACCCAUACAGUCAAUAUUAAUCGGAUACUUGAUAUGGCAACGAGCACGUUGGGCAGCAGUAGUUGGAGUGAUUGGAUUAUUGUUAAAAACGGUUCCGGUGCAAACACGUCUAAGCCAUUACACUUCAAUGCUACGGAUGAAAGUCGCACGUCGUACAGAUAAUCGCGUCGGAAUUAUGAACGAAAUUAUUAACGGUAUUCAAGUGAUCAAAAUGUACGUUUGGGAGUACCCUUUCCAAAAAGUCGUUUGCGAGGCCCGUCGCCUUGAAAUCAAACAAAUCCGGUAUGCUGCAUAUAUUCGUGGUGUAAAUUUAAGCUCGUUCGUAUUCAUCGAAAGAUCGACACUUUUUAUUUCAAUUGCUACAUGCAUUCUAACGGGACAAAAUAUUACAGCUGACAUUGUCUUUUCAAUGGCACAAUAUUUCAAUAUUUUACAAUUGAAUGCCGCUAUUCUCUACCCGUUCGCGCUCUCUUUUGGCGCAGAAGCCCUAGUUUCGUUUGAACGUAUUGAAGAAUUUUUGCAAAAGGGAGAAAAGAAUGAAACUGAAUUUGGGCUCGAACGCCGUAGCUCGUUAGUUACAGCUGAUACAAAGCACAAUGCUGUAGAAAUAAAUGAUGUGAGCGCAUCAUGGGAAGAGGGGUCAAGUAGACAAACUCUACAACAAAUUAACCUGAAGAUUAGAAGUGGACACCUUUGUGCGCUUAUUGGACCAGUUGGAGCUGGAAAGAGCUCCUUGAUACAAUUGCUAUUAGGGGAAUUGCCUAUAUCAUCGGGGAAUGUCCAAAUGAAUGGGUCGAUAUCAUAUGCUGCUCAGAAGCCUUGGCUUUUCUCUGGCACUGUUCGAAACAAUAUUCUAUUUGGGCAAUUGUACGACAAAAAACGUUAUAAUGAGGUUGUGAGAUGUUGUGCAUUAGCAACUGACUUUGAACAAUUGCCGAAGGGUGACAAGACAGUUGUCGGAGAACGAGGCGCUUCUUUAUCAGGUGGGCAACGUGCAAGAAUCAGUCUAGCUCGAGCAAUGUACAAAGCUGCUUCAAUUUAUGUUUUGGAUGAUCCACUUAGCGCUGUUGAUGCUCACGUUGGAAAGCAUCUCUUUGAUGAAGUCAUCGGUCCCAGAGGCCUUGUACAAAAUGUCACACGUAUACUUAUAACACAUCAAGUGCACUUUUUGAAAGAGGCGGACAUUAUUGUAAUUGUUGAAAACGGCCAAAUCACUCACAGUGGAACUUACGCAGAAUUGACAAACAGUGAUUUGGAUUUUGCAAAGUUACUGCAAAAACUCGAGGACGAAGAGAAAGAGGAAGAAACAGCAAAUAACAGCUCACAAUCUGAAGAGGGUAGCAUUUAUGAAGAUGAUGAAAUUCCAUAUAUUGAUGGCUUUCAACCAAAUGGAUCACCUUACAGAGCUUUGAAACGACGUACCGAUUCAGUGUCCAAGUCAUCAUGCGCAUCACAGGAAUUUGGACAAGAACAAAUCGAUGCUGAAGAACAAGCUGAAGGCAGUGUUCCCUUUCGAGCGUUCACGAAAUAUUUCCUUGCCGGCACGAAUUGUUGUGGCAUUUGUGGCAUUAUUCUGGUCAUGAUUUUCUCGUUAUGCGUAACUAGUGGUACAGACUACUUCGUAAACUAUUGGACAUACCAAGAAUACAAACGGUUGCAUGGUGAGCAAGUGCCUUUAACUCAGAUGGAGUAUUUAUAUAUCUAUGGAUUACUUAUAAUUGGCCUAAUUUUU